CAUAACGCGCCGAAACAUAGCUAAUCAAAACUGAAAUGUAUCCCAACUAGGAAGUGCCUGUUGCUUAACGACUCAGACCUCAAAAUUAAACAAACUACAUCACAAAAUGCAGCGUGAAAAGAGUGUUAAAGUCAAGGAAGUCAUUGCGUCUCUUUGUAAGCUUCUUUCUGGAUUAAGCGUCGAGUCGAUCCCGACAGCCGAUGCCUUUAGGAGAGCCAAAUUCAACAGAAAAGAUGCAGCAGUGGACAUGUGGAGUUUGUUAUGCAGUCUCCUGCAGAGAGCCUUUGUGUUGGAUUGUGAGUGCAAGGACUCCAAACACCAAGAUUUGGACACACAACUUCUGUUUGUAAAGAGUGCUUUGUGGCACUGUGGUUAUGGGGCUCCGUGGGUUGUGGGGCCUUGGUCCCCUAGUCACAUAGAAGAGGUGGGGAGCCGAGAUCUACUUCUAGCAUUCGGCUGGGUGCUGUCGCAUAGGAAUCUGCUGGAGUUCCUGCUGGCAGAGAAAGUUCAUCAGUUAGACACACUUUCAUCUGCACCAAAGGGUGUCAUGCCUGGUCUGAGGGACGUAGUACCACAUGGACCAGAAGAAGAAGCCACAGAGACUACAAAGAAGGAACAGGCGCUGCAGACACUACAGUGGCAGUAUGGGAAAUUAAGGCUCCAUUGGAAGAGCUUACUCUCGGCUCAAGAGGAGAAGUCCACACUCAUCCACAAGGCUGUCUCCAGUAUCAACCCUUCUGCUACUUGCCAGACUAACGUUACUGGUUCUCAUCACAGCAACACAACAUUGACUGAACUCGACAAGGAUCUGGAGCGAAUACAGAUGUUGAACCGAAUUCUGGAAGCAUAUCUGGAUUGGAAGCUUCACGAGCCUUUAUUCUGGUGCUGGAUGGACAGCGUGAUUGACAGCUCUCUCGCCGAUGCGUCUGAAGUGAACUCUGACAAUUGGCCACCAGGGGUGCAGGAUGUUGCUCUUAAGUGUCCCCACGGCAGCAAGGCCAAGAGGACCGUCAGACGGCUUGACAAGAUGCUGCUGAGGCUACAGACAGAACUGAGGGUCAGACGAAUAGAGCAGUCCACGCUUACCUCACAGGGGCGACGUCAGGAGGUCUCUCGGCUGUCUGAAAAGCAGAAAAUAGAUGAGGAGAAGAAAGUUGCCGGCUAUUUGGAGGGACUCCGUCUCGUAAACACCCCCACAAUCACAUCAAGAGGGUUCCUGCCAUGUCUCCAGGAUUCGCCACCCGCAAAUUUAUCUCGCAGGUUACAGACAGGGGAACCUGGCCUGACUGCGACAGCCGGAAAGCUCCAGGCAUCGUUGGCUUUGAAAGAGUUGAGGGACAGAGAAGCCUUACUGCAAUGGCAGCUAGAACGACUGAGGCAAAAUAUGAAAGUCGAAAUCCAUAGACUUGCCAGCACGAUGGAGGGGGUGGUACUCAUCCCACCAAUCAAGAGGUAAAGAGUUUGUGUGUUACUUUAUAUACAGUGGGACUGAACUGGACAGGCUGUAGUUCGUGUCCCUAAGAAAUUGACAUAUGUGGCAGCACAGGAAUCUUUGUUUUUUUUUGUCUAUUUAUUUAUGUACCUAUUGUAGUAUGUUCAGAAAAUAAACUUGCCAUGUUCAA